UCUAGAGAUUCAUGGUACAACAAUUGGAAGAGUACUAAAACGAAGUAGUAAUAAACUUGAAAAAAAUUUUAUACAAAAAUGUUCAAGAGCAGUUCGACAUCUUGAGCUAGAAAAUUCAUUACAAGAAUGGAAAGAUAUUACUGACAGAAAUGAAAUUCUUAGUGAUCAAGAUAUUGUAAAUUUCACAAAUCAUUCAGAUGAACCUCAAGAUGAAGAGGAACUAGAUGAUAGUAUUGAAAUGCAUAACUAUACACAUAAAGAAGCACAGAUAUAUUGGAUCUAA